CUACUUGAUCUAUCCCUCUGAUAAGUGUUUGUCCGAUUCUUCUAUUAGAUCGUGUUUGUAAAAAUGGCGACAGACACUUGUUAUACUAUCAUCCAUCAAGAUGACAGCUCAGAUCAACCUUCUUUACAGGAGCUCAAAACAGCUCUCGAAAAGGGCUCUGAAGAGGCCAAAAUCGAGACUAUGAAAAAAAUUUUAGUCACGAUGCUUAAUGGCGAACCGCUUCCUCAGAUUUUAAUGCACGUUAUUCGUUUUGUAAUGCCUUCAAAAAGUAAAGCCUUAAAAAAAUUACUUCAUUUUUACUGGGAGAUUUGUCCUAAAACAAAUCCUGAUGGGAAAUUAAAACAAGAAAUGAUUUUAGUUUGCAACGCGUUGAGGAAUGAUUUACAACAUCCAAAUGAAUAUAUAAGAGGAGCAACACUUCGGUUCCUUUGUAAACUGCGCGAGCCAGAAUUAUUAGAGCCUUUAUUGCCAUCUUGUCGAUCAUGUUUGGAACAUCGACAUGCGUAUGUUAGAAAAAAUGCGGUAUUUGCAAUUUAUACCAUAUAUAAGCAUUUCGAAUAUCUCAUUCCUGAUGCUCCAGAAUUAAUUCAAAGUUUUUUAGCAGCGGAAGCAGAUCAAACUUGUAAACGUAACGCUUUUGUUAUGCUUUGCAAUACCAAUCAAGCCCGUGCCGUAGAAUACCUUAACGACGUUUUCGACCAAGUACCAAAUUUUGAUGAGUUAUUGCAGUUAUCUGUAAUCGAACUAAUCAGGAAGGACUGCAGAAAUAACAGCACCAACAGGGGAAAAUAUAUCAGGUGUAUCUUUGACUUGUUGAAUGCCGCGUCUCAUUCGGUCAAGUACGAAGCCGCGACUUCAUUAAUGGCAUUGACUCAUGCGCCUGCCGCUGUUAAAGCUGCCGCAUCAUGUUAUAUUGAACUUAUUAUCAAGGAAUCAGAUAAUAAUGUCAAACUAAUUGUUUUGGAUCGCUUGGACGAAUUACGCGAAAAACACGAUCAAACCUUAGACGAUUUGGUAUUGGAUAUUCUUCGUGUUUUAACUAGUCCAGAUAUUGAAGUUAGACGUAAAGCAUUACGUAUCGCUUUAGAAUUAGUUACAAAUAGAAACGUUCAAGAGGUUGUAGUGUUCUUAAAAAAAGAACUCAGCAAAACUCUUGAUCAAGAUUACGAAAAGAAUAACGAAUAUAGGCAACUAUUGAUUCAAUCAAUUCACGGUUGCGCUAUUAAAUUUUCUGAAGUUGCAGCGAAUGUAGUCCAUGUACUCAUGGAGUUCUUAGGAGAUUCUAAUAAUCCGGCAGCUGUAGACGUUAUUGCAUUUGUGCGUGAGGUUGUUGAAAAAUUUCCGAAUCUGCGAUCGUCUAUUACUGAAAAAUUGCUUGAAACUUUCAUGGAUGUUAAAUCAGGCAAAGUAUUUAGAGGUGCUCUUUGGAUUGUUGGGGAAUACUGUUCUAACUGUAAAGAUAUCGAAGAAGCGUGGAAACAAAUCAGAGCUGGUCUUGGGGAAAUACCUAUUUUGGCCUCAGAACAGCGGUUGCUUGAAGAAGCAGAAAAGGAAAAUAAAAAUGAAGAAAUUAAUCAUGAAAAUAAACAAAAUACUACUUCGUCAUCGCGUCGCAUCCUUGCUGAUGGUACUUAUGCCACUGAGACUGCUUUUUCAUCAAAUUCAUCAACUCUCGCGAAGCUUGAGGCAAUUAAAGCGGCCGUUAAACCUCCACUUAGAUCGUUAUUAUUGAGUGGUGAUUUCUAUCUUGGUUCUGUCCUUGCUUCUACAUUGACCAAAUUAGUCUUGCGUUAUUCUGGAAUUUCGGAAGAUCCCAAAAAAACUAAUGCAUUGCGAGCUGAAGCAAUGCUUAUAAUGGCCAGCAUAAUUCGAGUUGGACAGUCCCAAUUUGCUUCAAACCCAAUUGAUGAAGAUUCUUAUGAUAGGAUUAUGUCAUGUCUUCAUAUUUUAGAACAAAUUUCUACCGAUUAUUCGAUAAAAAGCGUGUUUUUACACGAUACUAGGGCAGCUUUUGCAAGAAUCGUUGAAGCUGAAGAGAAACGCACGGCAGCUAAAAAGGCCAAAGACAAGUCAGCUGCAACGGUUCAAGUUGACGAUCUUAUUGUAUUUAGGCAAUUUUCAAAACGAAAUAUAGGCGAUGAGGCAGAUGAGUAUGAACUAGAUUUGACCCGUGCCACCGGUCAAGCUGAUUCACGCGAUGAUUUAAUUUCGAAACUUAGCCGUGUAGUUCAACUUACUGGAUUUUCCGAUCCUGUGUACGCAGAAGCUUAUGUCAAUGUUCAUCAAUAUGAUAUCCUAUUGGAUGUUUUAAUUGUUAAUCAGACCAGCGAGACAUUACAGAACUUAUCAAUAGAGUUCGCCACUUUGGGUGAUUUGAAAUUGGUUGAAAGACCCACACAACAUAAUCUUGCACCACACAGUUUUCACAGUGUGAAAGCUACAAUUAAAGUUUCAUCCACGGAAACGGGUGUGAUUUUUGGUAACAUUGUUUAUGACGGACCAGGAACUUCGGAGAGCAACUGCGUAGUACUUAACGAUAUCCAUAUCGAUAUUAUGGAUUAUAUAAAUCCAGCAUACUGUAAUGAAACUCAGUUCCGUAGUAUGUGGACAGAAUUUGAAUGGGAGAACAAAGUCAACGUCAACACAAAUAUCACAGAUUUAAGAGAGUAUCUUGGACAUAUUAUGAAAUCAACAAAUAUGAGCUGUUUAACUCCAGAAGUUGCAUUAUCGGGAGAUUGUGGAUUCCUCUCUGCAAAUAUGUAUGCUAGAAGUAUUUUUGGUGAGGAUGCUCUAGCUAAUAUUAGUAUUGAGAAACAAACUGAUGGAGCUAUUACCGGCCAUGUUAGAAUUCGAAGUAAGACACAAGGUAUAGCGUUAAGUCUUGGGGAUAAAAUUACAUUAGCUCAGAAAGCUGUAGCUUAAAUAAUAUAAAAUUUAAUCAUAAAAAAAAUUAUUUAUUAAAAAAUUAAAAAA